UGAGAGGAGAACGCCUGGGAGCGAGGUUACCCAGCACAGCCUGUGGGUGCUGCUGGUGAGAUGUUGGACUCGGUCACGUCGAGGCGAUUCAGGGAUCGGGAUAACGUCCGCGGUGAACUACCUGUUAUCAGGGAGAUCUAACACCACAUCAGCGUUCCUCUCUAACCGCAGUCCAUUAGAGGAGCUGGAGCUCGGAGGUCGCUGCUGCAGAACCGAUUCACCCAACUUUCACGCUCCUCGUUUUCCACAACUUACGCUUUCGAAAUGAAGUCAGCGGCGAUCAUAUUAGUAUUGCUGGCCAGCGUCACUUGCGUGUUAACACAAGAGGAACAGAAUGCUGUGGAGGAACUGCUCGUGGAGACCCUGGUGAGCCCUGAGAGCUGCUUGGUGAGGUCGGCCAUGGGGGACACACUGCAGAUCCACUACACGGGUAAACUGAUGGAUGGCAAGGUGAUUGACACCUCCGUGACCCGCGACCCUCUGUUUGUGGAGCUGGGAAAGAAGACCGUUAUUCCCGGGCUGGAGCAGAGCUUGAUUGGAGUUUGUGAAGGACAAAAGAUCAAGGCCACUAUACCAUCCCACCUGGCGUACGGCAAGAGAGGGUACCCCCCCACUAUCCCAGGCGACGCGGUGCUGGAGUUCGAGGUGGAGGUGCUGGCGGUCGCGCAGCAGACGCGGUGGCAGAGGAUGGUGAACGAGGUGUUCCCCCUGGUGUGCCUGGCCCUGGUGCCCACCCUGCUGGGCCUGGUGGGACUCUAUCUGUACAAGAAGGCCAGCGCUCCGUCGUCGCAGGGCAGGAAGAAGACCAAGGACAAGAAGAGCAAGAAGAAGUAAUCCCGCAGGGGGCCCGCGCUAUUUAAAUAAAAGACCAAAAAACGUA